UAGUGUCCAUAAAUCAGACAAUAGUUCACCUUCUCUACAUGGUUCAGGCUAUCUUCCUUCUGUUCCUGGAGCCUAUAGAAGUAAAACUCCUACAGCUGAUGAAGGCCACCUUCCGUCUGUUCCUGGAGCCUACAGAAGUAAAACUCCUACAGCUGAUGAAGGCCACCUUCCGUCUGUUCCUGGAGCCUACAGAAGUAAAACUCCUACAGCUGAUGAAGGCCAUCUUCCAUCUGUUCCUGGAGCCUACAGAAGUAAAACUCCUACAGCUGACCUGUACAGUUCAAGAGACAAAGAGUCUAUCUCCAUCAAUCGACCAAAAACUCCACUCGUUGAUACUCGGAAUUGGAUUAGGGCACCGAGCAGUGAAUUUCAGCAAGAAUCUUCCAAGUCACCUUCUGGUGGUACAGGAAAUGUGUCAAAUCUAACUGUGUGUGGGGAAUCAAGAUCCACGUCCUUUGGUAGAGAUGGAACUUAUUCUGGUUUGUUAAAAGUUGUGGAUCAGAAUGGCUCAUCUCGAGCUAGUGCUGAGAAGUCAUGGUAUGGAGAUCAUGCAAGGGAAUCUCUGUGGAACUACCACAGCUUUCGAGAGUCGGGUAUAAAUACUAGUGAAGGUGACAGGAGGCGGGAAUUGUUGUAUGGUUACACACCAUAUCACCAUGGAGAUAGAGACAUUGGGCCAGUUCUAAGAAACCCUUUGUACUCACACAGUCCAGGUGCACAAAGUGACAGGGCAGGAAAUGAGUCAUAUCACAGUAGGGUUAAUAUGGGCUAUGUUCGUGGCUAUGGUGAUAUGGGAGACUCUUUCAGGGAUCUCAGUUCUGUAUUUAACCACAGUAGGAAAGGUUCUGGGUACUCUCCCUACAGUACAGGUCACAGCUACAGUACCAUGUUAUAUCCAUCCAGUGAGUUAAGCCUUCAUGACCCUGGUAAUGAAGCAGGGUCCACAUAUUUCACCCCACCUUCGUCCUACUACGUCCCACCAAGUAACUCUAGAGUAGGUCCUCAAUAUGACAGUCUUACCCAACGAAAGCACACCACAUCGUUUGAACAUGAACAACCUGCUGCUAUUUCAUUAAACCACAUACCAAGAGACUCAAGAUCCACUAACAGUAGCCUUAGCCCUAAUCCUUAUGGCACAACUGUUUCACGACCACCACCACUUGGCCAGAUACCAGAUAGCUUGGAAAUGACUGUAACACUUGUAAGGCAAGAGAAUGGAUUUGGGUUUCGUAUAGUAGGAGGGACAGAAGAAGGUUCACAGGUUUCUAUUGGUCACAUAGUUCCAGGUGGAGCAGCAGAUUUAGAUGGACGACUCCGUUCAGGUGAUGAGAUAGUAUUUGUUAACAAUCAGGUGGUCAUCAACACGUCACAUCAUCAUGUGGUUCAGUUAAUGGGAAACGCAGCUGUAAAUGGAAGGGUGACACUGGGUAUCAGAAGAAGAAUGUCACCUCUAGAUUCUUUAAGUCACACAAAAUCGAGUGAGAAUAUCUAUCCGUAUGAUGUCAUUGUGACCAGAAUGGAAAAUGAAGGAUUUGGGUUUGUCAUUAUUUCUUCUGUGGGCAGAUCAGGAUCCACAAUAGGGAGGAUUAUUGAAGGGAGUCCUGCCGAGCGAUGUGGCCAGCUGCACGUUGGAGAUCGUAUUUUGGCCGUAAAUGGAAUAAGCAUCUUAAAUGCACAUCAUGGGGAGAUUGUGAACUUAAUAAAAGAUUCUGGUUACUCAGUUACCCUCACAAUUGGUCCUCCUCAAGAUGACACAUCCAGUAUAGCAUCAACACCACAUAGGGGGGAAGAUCACUUAAUUGAUCAAGAUGUCCAGUACUAUUCUGUAGAGCUUCAUCGAGGGACUCGAGGAUUUGGUUUCAGCAUCAGGGGUGGGAAGGAGUUUCAGAAUAUGCCCCUGUUUGUACUGAGGAUAGCAGAAAAUGGGCCAGCACAUCAAGAUAGUAGACUCCAGGUAGGAGACCAAAUCAUUGAAAUUAAUGGAAUCAACACAAAGAGCAUGUCUCAUGCAGAAGCUAUAGAACUGAUUAGACAAGGCAGCUACAGCGUGAGAUUGUUAGUGAAGCGGGGAGGGAAGUUUCCUUCUGGCUUCAGUAGCAUAUUUCGAGCAAGCAACACGUGGCGCCUUCGUGCGGCGGAACAAGCAGUAGAAGAUGUUAAUAAUGAUCCGUCAAUACUUCCGGAUACACAUAUAGAACUAGUCAGCACUACAACGGACGGCUCCAAUUUCAACUUUCUACAAAAGACUUGUUACCUCUUGGAACAGAAUGUGGUCGUUAUCAUCGGACCAAGCUCCUCUUCACACACUAAAGUCACACAUGCACCAAUAGGAAAUCUUCAUGUGCCACACUUUGCUCCCACCGCUACAGACCCUACCUUGUCUUUUAACCCUAUUGGUCAAUCUCCUUACCCUACCUUAAUCAAAAUGACGCCUCCCGACAGAUUCCAGAUGAUGGCCCUCAGCACUCUUAUGAUUACAUUCAAUUGGAGAACAACUGCUAUCAUUGCAGAAAGUUCUGAUUACGGCCUGUCAGUAGUACUAGUACAGGCCUGUUGA